AUGGGACAAACACUCAGUGAGCCAGUAACCAAAAAAGAGUCGGCGUCGUGCGCCAACGAGAAUUAUUUAGUUGGGAGCAGUUGUAUGCAAGGAUGGAGAGUUGAUAUGGAAGAUGCUCAUACUCAUCUUCUUUCGCUCCCUGAUGAUCCAAAGUGUGCAUUUUUCGCUGUUUACGAUGGUCACGGUGGAUCAAAAGUUUCACAGUACUCAGGAAUCAACCUCCACAAAAAAGUUGUAGCUCGUAAGGAAUUCUCUGAAGGAAAUCUUAAAGAGGCCAUCGAGAGAGGAUUCUUGGAUUUGGAUCAACAAAUGAGAGUUGAUGAAGAGACAAAGGACGAUGUCAGCGGAACGACAGCAGUUGUCGUGUUGAUAAAAGAGGGAGAUGUUUAUUGUGGCAAUGCUGGAGAUUCUCGUGCCGUUUCGUCAGUUGUCGGAGAAGCUCGCGCGUUAUCCUACGAUCAUAAGCCUUCUCAUGAGACCGAGGCUCGUCGUAUUAUUGCUGCAGGCGGAUGGGUUGAAUUCAAUCGUGUAAAUGGUAAUUUGGCUCUUUCUCGAGCUCUCGGAGAUUUUGCAUUCAAAACUUGUGAAUCGAAGCCCGCAGAGGAGCAGAUCGUAACCGCGUACCCCGAUGUGAUUACUGACAAAUUGACUUCGGACCACGAGUUCAUUGUUUUGGCUUGUGACGGUAUUUGGGAUGUGAUGACAAAUCAAGAAGUCGUUGAUUUUGUUCGCGAAAAACUAGCUGAAAAAAGAGAUCCACAAUCAAUCUGCGAAGAACUUCUCACACGAUGCUUGGCCCCAGAUUGUCAAAUGGGUGGAUUAGGAUGUGAUAACAUGACAGUUGUGAUUGUCGGACUUCUUCAUGGACAAUCGCCAGAUAACCUCUUCGCCAAGUGUGCUCGACCAGCUGUUUUCACGGGUGUUAAUAGCGAGGACGGAGGGCACAUUCAGCAAGAUAUUUCGCGUGUGAUAAACAACUUUGAUGGAGAGCAACGGGUAUUGACACAAGAAGAUGACGAUGACAAUGAACCAGCGCCGGCUAAUUUCCAAGUCUAA